AUGGCUACCGAUACCAAUCCACCCUCGGCUUUACUACUUCUUCCCCCGCCUCCAGCUUUCUCGUUUGCCCAAGUCAAAAAUGCUUUUGAGCCAUCCUUGGUGGAUGUCUAUGCUAAGCUAUCCAAAGCGUUGAAUGGAUCCAAUCGUACAGCUGUACUGGAUAUUGUUCUGGCCAUUCCAGAUCUACUCUCCCCGAGCUGCAAACCUCGGGCCAAAGUGUUUGCACAACUUCAGCAUUACCUGACCAGUGUCUAUACGCUGGUUGGUGCUGUCUGUGCAACACAAAACAUCGAACUUGACUCUCCAGGUGGCAUUGAUACCCGGGUGGUAUUUAUCGAUCCAAGCGAAGACAGCUCGGCCCAGGCCUCUGACAGUUCUCGGUUUGGGCCCAUCCUGCACUUGCAAACCCUAGCGAAUUCAGGACGGUCUUGGGAUAGCAUUUUCUAUUUGACCAAUACAGCUGGCAAGAAGUUGGCCAACUCCUUUACCAACAGUGUUGGCAGUCAAGCUCGGGAUGGCGCGGCGGCAAACCUGCAAGCCAUCACAAGCAAUGCUGACUGGGCGAUACCUUCCCUAUUAAUUCCCGAUAACCAACAACCUUCCACUCCACACUAUUCUGUGGUCGUGGGUGGCACAUUCGAUCAUCUCCAUGUUGGUCACAAGCUCCUGCUCACAGCAGUUGCAUUGGUCAUGGAGCCGCUCGACCGGGGACAGGAGGGACGCCUGACCAUCGGAGUGACAGGAGAUGCACUAUUGGUCAAUAAAAAAUAUGCCGAAUUUCUCGAGAGCUGGGAAGAGCGUUGGCAGAACACUGCGGCUUUUCUGACAGCCAUCAUGGAUUUCUCACCUAAGAGGGAAUCGCCGCAGAUUGAACGUGCUUUUGCGCCAGGUCCCAAUGGCAAGACCGUCCUUACGAGAAUCCAACCCAAUCUGGCAUUUGAAUUCGUGGAGAUCUCCGAUCCAUUUGGGCCCACGAUCACGCAGGAGAACCUCGGGGCAAUUGUUGUCUCCAAGGAGACGCACUCGGGAGGAGCUGCAGUUAACGACGAACGGGUGAAGAAGGGAUGGAAGCCACUUGCUGUAUUCGAAGUGGAUGUACUCCAAUCUGGAGAGGUAGCAGCCACGACCACUGACGUUGAGAGCUUCGAGUCGAAAAUAAGCAGCACGGAUAUCAGACGGCGGCGCCUUCAUUUGGCGAAGGUCUGA